GAGGGAGUGGCAAAGCUUAGGGAAGCCGCUCUGGGCUACCUGGGAUUUCCCAGAGUCGCCAAGUCCCACUUUGAGGAUGGAGCUAUCCCGGGGAGCCAGCGCCCCGGACCGGGACGAUGUCGGGCCUCUCAAACCCUGUCUGCUUCGCCGCAACCACAGCCGUGAGCAGCACGGCGUGGCAGCCUCCAGUCUCGAGGAGCUGAGGAGCAAAGCCUGUGAACUUCUGGCCAUCGAUAAGUCCCUGACACCAGUCACCCUGGUCCUGGCAGAGGAUGGGACCAUAGUGGACGAUGAGGACUAUUUCCUCUGCCUCCCUUCCAACACAAAGUUUGUGGCGCUGGCCUGCAACGAGAAGUGGGCAUACAACGACUCGGAUGGAGGAACAGCUUGGGUUUCCCAAGAGUCCUUUGACACAGAUCAAACGGACAGCGGGGCAGGGGUGAAGUGGAAGAAUGUGGCCAGGCAGCUGAAAGAGGAUCUGUCCAGCAUCAUCCUGCUGUCGGAAGAGGAGCUCCAAGCACUCAUCGACAUCCCCUGUGCAGAGUUGGCGCAGGAACUCUGCCAGAGUUGUGCCACUGUCCAGGGGCUGCAGAGCACGCUCCAGCAGGUGCUUGACCAGAGAGAGGAAGCACGCCAGUCCAAGCAGCUCCUGGAACUUUAUCUCCAGGCCUUGGAGAAAGAGGGCAGCAUCUUGUCCAACCGGAACGAGUCCAAAGCUGCCCUUGGGGAAGAGCUGGAUGCAGUUGACACGGGCGUCGGCGGAGAGGUGGCUUCACAGACGAUGCUGAGAAGCCAGAUCCUCGCAGCCCUGAAGGAGAAGCCGGCUCCAGAGCUGAGUCUGUCUAGUCAGGAUUUGGAGUCGGUCUCCAAGGAGGACCCCAAAGCCCUGGCUGUCGCUCUGAGCUGGGACAUAAACAAGGCAGAGGCAGCCCAGCAGGCCUGUACCACGGAGCUCACCCUGCGCCUGCGGCAAGUGCAGAGCUUGCACUCACUCAGGAAUCUCUCUGCAAAGAGGAAGCCACUGCCUGGGGACCCGCAGAGUCCCAAACGGGCCAAAGUGCGAGACUUCUCAUAGCCAAACCGGACAAGCUUUGCAGAGGAGAACCUCGGUUCUGUGGUCUGUAAACACCCAUCCGUGACCUCGUGACCUCAUGACCUCUCCCACCCACACUCCCUCCACCUCCGCCCUGCUGUGAGCUCUCCUCGCUCCGGAAAAGCUGUUCCCUGUCUGUGCAUACCCCUCUACCUCCUUUCAAUGUCCUGGGUUUUCGUUGUUUUCUUACCUGUAUGAGUGUGUUGCCUGCACGUAUAUCUGUGUACCUCACGCCCAUGAAGGCCAGAAGAGAGUGUCGGGUCCCUUGGAGCUGGAGUAACAGCUCUCAGCAGCCGUGUGGGUGCUGGGAAUCGACUCUGGGUCCUCUGGAAGUGGGGCCGGUGCUCUUAGCCCCUGAGCCAUCUCCAGCUCUCAGCAUGCACUUAGCGUGUGUUAGGCCUUAGGUUAAGUGAAAGUACCCGUCUAGGGCAGUGAAAACCUGUCAUACUUUGGACUCGAUGUCCUUACUCUACAACUUGAACAUUAGAGCGUUAGACACAGUGGUAGAAAAAAGGCACCCAACAGCAGCAGUGGUGGCCAAGUUAAUGAAUGCAGUUGCUGUCCGCUUAAAGGCACAUACUGAGUCUGCAGACCCCUGGGACAUGGAGUCUGAGGCCCCAUUUCUAAUAUCUGACUCAGUGUUGUGAAGCUGUUACCGCUGUGAGACUCCGGUCCACUUUCUAAUAUGUUUUGCCAGCAGCGGGUAGAAAGGAUCAUUGAGUCCCAUGCUCUGCAACUCAGGUUUCUCUCUGCAGAUCAGGGCACUUCCAGCUUUUCUGUGCUGUUUCUGCUCAGAGUUCUGCACCUUCUGCAAUCCACAGUGCUGUCUGCCUUCAGGGAACGGACACCUAGUUACGGGUCAUCUGACUUUCAUGCGUGCUGGGAAGAAGAAGAGGGUCUCUAGCCCUCUUCUUUUUUUUCGUGUGUGUGUGUGUGUGUGUGUAUGUGUGUGUGUGUGUUUUCUGGGUACUGGGAAUUGAAAUAAGAUUUCAUUCAUAGACCUGAGCUCGUGCCCCCUAAUGAACCACACCCCAGCCUCACGUUGACAAAGAAAUAUAGCAUUAAGUUUUGGGGUAAAGGUGGGGUACACGAAGCAAAUAAAAGUAAUUGUGUCCUCGCCUACAGGGGGGGUCUGGUGCAGCUUUCAAGUCUUGUAGUGCCUGACAGCACCAGUUCCAAAUGUUGGCAUCAAAGCUCUUCCCACAUCUUUGUGGUGCCUCUCAGUGCCUGAAUAAAAGCCAUUGCUGAUCAUCCAU